GACCGACAGAGGGGGUGUAGGUGAACGAACACAAACCCUCACCGCACAUUGACGGGGUUUCAGCUUGCAGCGGUGACGCACUGUGAGCUUACAGAGCCAGCUCAGUGUUUAUGUCCUCACACACACACUCACAGAGGUGAGAGAAAGAGACAGGGAGGGAGCCUCUCUUACCGGCUUUGUGGUUUUCAUCCAUUCCCUUGCGUUUUUAAUUGCACCUGCUGACUCAGCCCGCUGUAGUCGAUGAUGCCGGUCUUUGAAAACUGAAUUCAACUCCAUUUAUCCACCAAACCGAUCAUAUGCUCAUAGAAGAAAACAUUGAAGAAGAUGAGGAACCACCUUUGCUGCUCAGCUCUCAUCCUUCUUGCGGUUUUUGGCUGUGGUGGGACUGCAGUGGUGCAGUGUCUGUUGGGGGAAGGGUGUGUGUGUCCUCAGUGUCCUGCAGGCCAGGAGCCAUCCAAGGCUUGUGGGCAGAUCCAGAGCCCAGCAGAUGAAGUGCUAUGUCAGUUGUGCCCACCUGGAAGCUUUUCAGACACAUUGGAUACUGAAAUCUGCCAGCCACAUACUUCCUGCAAGAUCCUUGGCAGAAAAGUUGUAACCUCUGGCACUGCGACCUCAGACGUCAUCUGUGGAGACUGUCUGCCUGGGUUUCACGUCAUUGCCACAGGGCAAGUUUCCACCCUCAGCCCCUGUGUAAAAAAUUCACGUGUCAGAAUGGUCCGCACGGUGGGGAAAGGUCCAUCUGGUGGAGCAGGAGGACCAGCCAACAGCACAGUGGUACGCAGCGCAGAGGAAAAAACAGCAGAGUACGCUGUGUUCGCUCUGGUGCCCAUCUUCUGUGUGAUGGGCCUGUUGGGCAUCCUCAUCUGCAACAUCCUGAAAAAGAAGGGAUACAACUGCACUGCUGAGAAAGAGGGAGGAGAUGAAGAGGCUGUAACAGCCCAGAAAGAAGGUAACAAUUGUCCCUAUAUAUCCGACGACCUGAAUGAAGACACCAUCAGUGUUCUGGUUCGCCUCAUAACUGAGAAGAAAGAAAAUGCUGCUGCACUGGAGGAACUGCUGCUGGAAUAUGAGAGCAAACAGAUGAGCAAAGGCUCAUCAAUCAAGUUCCCGAUGCUGUCUCCUUUGUCCACCCUCCGUUCCCUCCCAAAGCUUUGCUCCCACCAGUCCCACCUGCACACCAUCUCUGGCCUCUCUGGUCUGGCGCCAAAACACGGUUACCGUUGCUCCCGCUGCGCCCAGAAAAAAUGGCCCCCUGUCCUAAUUCCUCCUCUAGAUUCUCUCAAAGAUCCCCUGAAGCCUCCCACAAGCCUCAUUCUGCCCUCUUUGGACCCACCUACCGACCUACUACAGCAGAAGAGUCCCCUGCUUGGAGGAGUGUGCGUAGACACGCAUCGUACACAAGCUCUUGUUGUGCCAAAAACUGUUCAGGACAAAGUGGAUGGGAGUGAAGUAAAGGAGAAGAAGGAGGGAGAGCACACAGUGUUGUCUGUGGGGAGAUUUCAAGUUGCUCACAUCCCCGAGCACAAGCCUAGCACCUUGGAAACCAAGAUAUCAUCUCAGGAGCAGAGGAACUCCCUGUUUGGAGGCAAACACUUUUCUUCAUCAUCUGGAUUCAGAAGAUGAAGAAACAAAAGAGAUGCUGUAUGAUGACACUACCUCGCAGAAGACGACCUCAUCAUUCAGUUUAACUGACUAAUCUAAUCCACUGACUUUGAGAAAACCGAACGUCUUCCUGCUGGAAGACAUUGUUUCAGGUUGUGUAAUUAGGAACAUAACUGUAUUUAUCAUUGAAAAAUCACGAGUGGAUUUCUGCUGCUUCACUGUCCCGAUCCAAACAGAAACUGCUUUGAAAAGCCUGUUGGAACCAUGCAGAGGACAGAUUUCCUUUAAAGCUUUGUGAUAAGAACACUAUCACUAACUGUCACCAAAAGGUACAGAUGUAAAAUCACCUAUGGCUACCAAUCAAAAUGCACCAGUAGUCCUCCCAAAAUGCAGAGUAGAGGGCAACACAUUUUGCUGAGAAAAAGCAUAAAUAUCUAAUUUACAAGCAAGCACCUUAGAAAAGAGGAAAACAUUAAGUUGUCUGCAACCAAGUGCCACAUUGAGUGUGAACGUCUUCAUGAGCAAGACUGAGCUGCGCAGCAAGUCUGGCUCAUUCUUCUCUUUUGCUCACACAGAAACUGCGGGUGAGCUGAUGUUUUAGACCUUUAAGAUGUUGAAUGUAGUCUUAAUAGAACCUUACUGCAUGCACUGAGUUUAGUUAUCUAAGAAAAAGUCAAAUCCUGAACCCUAUUUUCCCACCUUUUAGGGCCUAUAUGAUUAAUAAAAAUCAAAUGGAUUGGAAUCAGCCCAGUAUUCAACAAGAAGGUCAUAAACAACAACUGUGAGACAGCUGCAGUGUAAAUCAAGUUGUUCUUUUCAUUAUCUUGCUAUGCUUUUUCUAAAUGGAUGGCAUUUGAACUAAAUAAUUUGAGUUUAUAAUAUUAUUUCCAUUGCUUCAGGGUAGCAGUCAAAAUGGUCAUUGUAAUCAUGAUGGUAUGUAACCUGCAUACCUGAAGGUUACAGUUACAUGUCAGAUGUGUAUUAAUCUCUGUAAGAUGCACCAUCCAUAAUGUUGUGACACAUAUAGAUUUUUUACUGACUACCUUGGAUGGCACUGCAGCCAUAAUUAUUCAAUGUAGAACUUGAGUCAAGUAUCUAUUUUCCUAUUUAUCAUUUAGUCUUUUAAAGAUGGAAAAACGGUGCCCAGGUUAAGAUAUAAAGCUAUUUUUCUUCUGAAAUAAAAACUUCAGUAACUUUUAGCUGUUUAAGACUAAAGCAGUUAAGCUAUGGUCAACAUUUGUUUUUGAGAGGCUAUUUUCACAGUUAACACUGUUACUCAGUGGCUUAUCAUUUGAGCCAUGAGAUUAAAAAAGAAGUAAAAAUGUAGAGAAAGCUCAGUUUUGUAGACCAAAUGUAAAUACAUGUACAUAUGUAAAUAUGGGUGGGAACAUUUAAUACUAUGUGAGGCGAUCAGUUGAUCCCCUGUGAUGGGAAAAAUAACUGCAUGGCAUGAGUGAGAGGCAUCUGUCAUUGCAAUUAAGCUGAAUUGCUGAUUGAACUUAACCAGAUUUAUGUUAUUAGUCACCUUUGGGUUGAACAUGUCAGUGUUUUUUCUUUUGCCUCUGCAAAUACCUGAUAGUUUUCCAAUAUUAUCACAAAUUAUAGACAUAUACUCACACUGCACAUGGCCAGACUCCAGUUAUUCAAUCUCUAUAACUGUAGAAAUCAUUACAGAUUUAUCUUCUGAAGUUAAUAUAAAAUAUUAAAAAACAACCUGUUGUUGCAGAGAAUUGGUGGUUAAAAUGCUUCAAAGUCAAGCAGCUCUGCUGGCUUCAGUUUACACCCUGUUUUAAAAGUGUGUGAUGGCGUUUUAACCACCCUUUAUUUUCUUAUUAUGCAAACAUGUCUAAACAACAGGAUAUGCAUUGGCUGAAGUUACAGUAAAAUGUUUAUAUUUAAUCUGAUUUUAAAACUAUAAUAGUUAUUAUUAAAUGUUUUCAUGCUGAAGUGUUGCUGGUAGGAAAGAGGUAUAAAAAAAUCAUCUCAUCAGAUUUGCAGCAUUUAUUUAUAUCAUAUUACAUU